AUGGGCCUCUGGUUAAGAAGAGGCGCCAUUCUUGGUUUCUAUUUGAUCCAGAGUGUUUCUUUGGCCACAGGGCUAUAUUAUGGGAAAAUUUGGCCUGUGUCAGUAGCGCCAUUGGUGCUUGGUUAUAGCUUUACGACCCUGGGCAUUAUCACCUCCGAUUUCCUGACACCCAGUUUAUCCAUCAUAUCCCAGGAAAUCCUACAUAUCUCAGAGCGGGUUGCUGGAAUUACAUUGCUGGCGUUGGGCAACUCUGUCCCCGACAUCACAAGUACGUACCAGUCGCUGAGCUCUGGAGCCACGUCUCUGGCGCUGGGAGAAUUGGUGGGAGCGGUUGUUUUCUUGCUGACUGUAGUUGUGGGAAUCAUGCCGCUGGUGCGUCCCAUAGAUUUGGGACAUCUUGAUCAAGACCAAGACUUCGACUCCCAAAAGUCGUGCGAAGUACGACGGGCCCUCGUUUACAGCAGACGGAGAUUUCUCAAGGAUUUGGUUAUGUUUGCGAUAAUGAUAGGUCUCGCGCUGUUCUUCAUGCUGGAUGGGCGACUAAUGUUUUGGGAAUGCUUUUUGAUGGUGGCUGUAUAUGUGGGCUACGUGCUAUAUCUAGUGCAGCAGGAGCGCGACGACGUUGCAAUCUCCUCUACAAGUGACGAAGAAGGGGAAGAAGAGGAAGAUGUUUCUUCAUCAUUAGCUCUACCAGAAGUUGACAUUGAGAGGCUGUCGUCUCGAGACCAAUCCCUUUUUCUCCAGGAACUGGAAUUGCAUAAAAUGAACCUCCGUGCUAAAAUCAAACGGCACCUGAGAUCACAAUAUUCUGGCUGCAUGAAAAUGUCAUUGAAUGGUAUUUUGAAUGUAUGGGACAACAAAAGCGUUUUUGAGAUCGAUCCGCCCGCAUUGACUCUCACAAGAAGCUUAUCCCACCAGGAAUUGCGGCCAAAAAUCUCCCUUACGCCAUUCUCACCAGAGGAAUCCGCAUCUGCAUACCAUGAGAACCUAGACUCACGCGAUCUCAUUCAACCCGCAAUUGGCCAGACUUUCCUCAAGCCUCAACUACGCCCUAAUUCGAGGUCUAUCAGCGCUGAUUAUCUACUUUACUUGGAUAAUCGCAUUGAAAGCUCCAACAACUCUGUGUUGGAUAGUUCCUGUUGUCAAGACUCGGACUCAGAGACCAGCGAACUAAUUCAGUCUUCACAACAGGGCCCAUCGACUAUGUCGCUCGAUAAACCCAUAAUUCAGUCGGUAAUGCAUCGCUGCUGGAAUGAAGAGGACAUUCAAAUAAAUUUCGUUGAAUUUCUGACUGUGCUCCUGGUCUCUCCUGUGAUGUUCGCAUUGAAGUUACUCAUCCCCAUGAGUGGUCACUGUAAUGAUAGAAGUGCAAGGCCCUUUGGACAAGAAUACGUCCGAGUCUUCCUGAUACCACUUGAGCUUGACUUUCUCAUCACAAAUAGAUUACAUGCAACGCCUAUUUUGGCUUCGGCAAUCCUUACCGUAACAUUAUGGCUGCUCAAUCGCAAAGGGUGGCACAACGUUGCAGUACGAUCUCUUUCUGUUUUGACUUUCAUUACUUCUCUUGCCACAAUCUCCUUUGUGGUCGGGAAUGUGGUUGAGACUCUACAAAGGUGUGCAGUUUUACUAAACAUCUCAGAGGCCAUGCUUGGACUAACCGUAUUUGCAUGGGGAAAUUCUGUUGGUGACCUGGCGACAACGGUCACAUUCACCAAGAUGGGGGUUUUAGACAUUGCGCUGGGCGCAUGCUUUGGGGGUCCCUUGUUGAUCUUUUUGUUUGGAAUAGGCUUCGAUGGCAUGUUGGUGAUGAUGAUGUAUAGGAAAGAUCGCCAAAAGUCAAUCUGGGCUCAGUCGAUUGACUUCGAAGUCAGCUCUUUGUUAGUGAUGAGCUGUUUGGGCCUUUUAGCUUCCUUUUCAAUAUACCUGUUGUUAAUACCCUUGAAUAACUGGCACAUCGACAAGAAGAUAGGAGUUGUCUUUCUGUCCCUUUAUGUGGUUGUAACAACAACAAACAUCUUUUUGGAAGUCAACUAA